CUUUCUCCUAAUUAGAACAUGCGCUAUGCUCUUCCCAUAAAGCAAUUUCAAGCCAGAAAAACGUAGCGUGGCCCUCUCUAUAGGUUUACAAGCUAGAAAGUCUCUAGUACAGUAGACUAAGCAGUGUUCCAUGCAAAUGGGCGAUAGCUAAAAUAUUGCAGGCGGGAGGUAAUGCCCAAGGGAGGCCCCGAAGCUUCUGACUCGAGAAGGAAAGGAAAUAAAACAUCAUUCUAAACCUAUAUACAGAGCAGCUCAUAAUAAAACAAUACACUCAGACUAUAAUAAUUGAAACAAGAUGGACUUGGUUACAUUCAAUGUGAUUGUAGACGACAUUGUAUACCCAGAUGGCCACACCUGCAUGGCCUGUCUUGGGGGUGGAGGUCCACAAACUGCAUUUGGUGCUAAAAUUUGGGCUGAUGAUGCUAAUAAUAUAGGAAUAGCUAGUAGAGUAGGAUCAGACUUUCCUUUCCCUUGUAAAAGAUGGCUUCAAGACAUGGGAAUUGAUUUGAGUGGCCUUUUGAUGUGGUCCUCCCCAACUCUGAGAGCCUGGCAGAUCUUGGAACUUGAUGGGUCGAGAACCCAGGUAUGGAGGAUCACCAUGGGUGAUGAAGUGUUGGAUAUGCUCAGACUACCUUUAAGUUCUCUUCCUAUGAUGUAUAGAAAUGCAAGGGUUUACCAUAUUGGUGUUCAUCCAAGUGGGCGAGAUGUGGGAUUUAUUAAGGAACUUAGGAGUACUGGGGCAGAAAUUGUAAGUGUAGAGACAUAUACACAUGCACUGGAUAUAGUGACACGAUCAGAACUCAUAGAAUUAGUUUCAUCUGGUAAUAUAUUUUCCUCAAAUGAAAAAGAGGCUGCUUCACUUGUUGGACCAGGGUCACCAAUGGAGAUGAUUGAGCGGAUUACAGAACUAGGAGCUGAGGUGGUGACUCUUAGAAGAGGGCCUUUUGGAAGCAUUGUUCAUAGAUCUGAUACCCGGGAGACAUGGGAAAUUCCAGCUUUUCAUGCAAUAUGUGCUUCACAAAGCCCUUCAUUACAAGGAGAGAAUACAGUAGGAAAAGUUGUAGAUCCAACAGGUUGUGGCAAUACCUUCUGUGGUGCAUUUGCUAUGGGCUGGUGGAAGACCCGCGACCUAUUAACUUCAGGCUUGUGGGGGAGCGUUGCAGCAAGCUUUAUGGCAGAGUAUGAAGGUGUUCCGCCUCCACAAUUAUCAGAUUGGAGGAAACAAGCGCAGAUGCGCCUAGAUAUGCUCAGGCCAUAUGCCAAAAAUCUUUUCCUGCCAAUGUAAUCAUAUGAAGAAUUCAAUUUAUGUUUCUGGAAUCUUUGUACGUGGACAGUACUCUUAGGAUGGUCGUCUAGAGCAAAAAUCGUUUGAAACUUUAAGCUUUGUUGAUAAACAAUAUUUAAAUUAUUAUUAAUUAUUUUAAAAAGUAAGGUCUAGGCAUAACCGGGCACCAGCUUCAUUCCUCAAGCAUUAACACAGUCCAAGUCUGUAAAGUAAACGGCCCAGUGAGGGUUUAUAGUUUAGGUGUGUGGCAGCCCAGCAGGGACUUGCAUCGAAGUGGCUGAUUUAACAAUGCCAUAACUGAACCAUCACACCAUGCCCAUAAUGACAAUAUUUAAAUAAUUAUUAUUAUUUUUU